GUAUAUCAUAGCAAGUAAUUGUUCUCCCAUGCAUAUGUGUGGGGUAAUGCUUUUGUUUGCCUUUUUGUUAAUGCGGCAAAACCAAUUUACCGAAAACGGGAAGGUCCGGUAAAAUGCCAAUGAGUUACACACAUUGAAACCAAUCUCUAACCACCCCCCAUUUCCAAGGUAUGACCCUGUAUGUAGCAAAUGGAUGGGACGGAUGGACUGCAACACACUGUGGAUGGAUAGGAGUGAAAGUGAUGAUGGAUGGGAUUGAACGGAUGGAUGAAAGUGGAUGGAUGAGAUUGGGGAAACAGAUGGGAUGGAUUGGGGGGGGGGUUGUAGUUGUUAAACUGUUUACUCAACACAUUCUCACUAAUGGAACAGAUUUGUGAAGAAUAAUGGCUUCGUACAAGAUCACCAAGCUCGCAGGAGCUAAGCCCGUCGACGCAUUUGAGCUCAACAUUGCUCAGGCCCUUGUUGACAUUGAGAACAAUGUUCCUGAAUUGAAGAAGGAAUUGCGUCCUCUCAGCAUUGCUAGUGCCAAGGAGGUCGAGCUUGGUGGUGGUAAGAAGGCCAUUGUGAUCUUCGUGCCUGUUCCUCAGCUUCAGGCUUAUCACAAGAUCCAACAGAGACUCACUCGUGAACUGGAAAAGAAGUUUUCUGACCGUCAUGUUGUCUUUGUUGCCCAACGCCGCAUCCUUCCCAAGCCUACGCGUCGUGAAAACCCCAAGCAACCUCGUCCUCGAUCCCGUACGUUGACGGCUGUUCACGAUGCUAUCCUUGACGAUAUGGUCUAUCCUACUGAGCUCGUUGGCAAGCGUACGCGUGUCAAGGUCGACGGUUCCAAGACGAUCAAGGCUUUCCUGGAUACCAAGGACGCCACCUCUUUGGAGUACAAGCUCGAGACUUUCUCUGCCGUCUACAAGAAGCUGACUGGCAAGGCUGUUGUCUUUGAGUUCCCUGCUGUUGCCGAAGUCUUUUAGAAGAAAUAAUAAAAAAAAAAAGC